AUGACUGCCUUCCAAGCUCUCUUUGCGUUGAUCGUAACAAGGCUCCUCAUCUUGCAAGUGUCUGCCGCGCAUCUUCGUCACCACCACCCCCACCAUCAUGAGAUGAACUCAACCUCGACGAUUGAGGCUCGCUACACGCUUCCCUAUCCAUACAACCCUCUCAGCCAGCUUAAGCGAGGCCUCCCCUUCAACAAUCCCCCGAAAUAUAUUCAGAACUUCAAGGGCGCCAACAGCAAAGUAUCAUGGGCAUACAGCUGGGACAGUUACAUGGAUCCUGCCUUCCCGCAGAAUAUCGAGUUCGUGCCCAUGCUUUGGGGAGAUGGAGUUGACCACACGGGAAAUUGGUUCAAGAAUGUCGACAAUGCUCUCAGUCGCGGUUCACGCCACAUCGUCGCCUUCAACGAGCCCGAUGGAUGCAGCGGGGGCGGAUCCUGCAUGUCGCCUCAACAAGCAGUCAACGCCUACCGCACAUACAUCCAGCCUUUCAAAGGAAGAGCCUAUCUCGGCGCACCAGCCGUCACCAACGGCCCCGCCGGUCUGCCGUGGCUCCAGGAGUUCCUCCGGCUCUGCACAGGCUGCCACGUCGAUUUCCUCCCGGUUCACUGGUAUGACAGUGCAAGCAACGACGCCUGGUUCAAGUUGUACAUGUCACAGGCGUAUGCCGCGACUGGAAGUCUCCAGCUCCGGCUCUGGAUCACCGAGUUCAACGGCUCUGGCUCGGAGGCGGAGAAGACGGAUUUCCUCCGCCGCAUCAUGCCGUGGAUAGACGCCCAGAGCUAUAUCGCGAGGUACUCGUGGUUCUGGUGCGAUCCUCAAUCGACAAUGGGGCCGCUGGUCCAGGCGGACGGCGCUCCGACCGGAAUCGGCAAUGUCUACACAUACUCCUGA